AUGAUUCAAUUUCUUCCUAAUGAAUUACAAAUUAAAAUUUUGCAUAAUGUUGCUACUAUAACUAAAUUUGAGGAUUUUUGUACUCUUCGAACUGUCGAUAAAAAGUGGAACUCAUUCGUUCCUCUGGUAAUGCAUGAAGUCGUUAUUUCCAGAUUAAACUCUGGUUUUAAGCUUGAGUUAAGAGAUUGGAUUAAUAAUAAAUGGCAAAUAAAACUACAACCAACCUAUGAUGAUUGUACUAACACUUUUACUUUUCUAUUCGAUAAUGCUGAUUUUACCAGCAAAUUUCGUCAUUUUAAUGCAUAUUUAUGUGAUUUCACAAUGUACAUGGAAAAGGAUAAAAUAACUAAAUUUGGAUUAGAAUUUG